UCUGUACCAAAAGCAAGGUAGAGAGAAUCUAGAAAUGCUCAUUUCUUUUCAUUUUCUCAAAAACCCCAGAAAAAUUAUUUAUUUAGCAAAAGAAAAAUCAGUGUGUGUGAGGAUUGAGGAAAAAGCAGAGAAUAAAAAGGAGACCGGAUGUUGACAAAUUUCAUGUCACUGUUCUUAGAAGGUCGUUUGUUUGUGUGAAGAUUUCUUAUCUGGGAUCUCUCUCUUUCUCUCUCUUCAAAACCCCUUCUUUCUCUCUCUAAAAAAACCUUCCUUUCUUUCAGAAGAGAGAGAGAGAGACACUGGCCCAGCAGAUCGAAAAUCUUCAUCUUUUUCAUAUACCCAUGAAGUGAUGAUCUAAUUCUAACUUCCUUCAAUGGUGGUUUUGUGUCUUUCUUUAUUCUGAUAAACAAUUAUUACUAUUAAUUAUUAAAUAUUUAUUAUUAUUAUUAUUAUUUUUAUCAUUACCACCUGUCUAUUUUGGCUUCAAGAUUCUUUGAGUUCUUGAGGGUUGAAGAAAUUGUUCAAUGAUUUGGUCAAUCUAAAAUUCUUGGAGCAGGGCGCAAAUAAGGAUGUGGGUCUAAGGAAUGGGAACAGAAGUACACUGCAAAAGCUCUUUUGAAGGGUAUUACUCCAUGAGGGAUGCAAAUGAGGAUUCCAAUAGUAGUAGCUGGCCUCUGUUUUAUCGGGAAAAAUCUUUGAAUAAUGGUCAUUAUUACAACGGUUUCAUACCAAGGACUAUUUCAGAUGACAAGGAUGCAUUAAAGCAAAAAAUGCUUGAACAUGAAGCCAUCUUCAAGAACCAGGUUCACGAACUUCAUCGCCUUUACAUAAGACAAAGAGACAUGAUGGAAGAAAUCAAAAGAAAGGAAAUAAAUAAACACCGAGUUUCUAUCGAUGCAUCAUCAUCUUCAAGUUUCUUACCUUCUCAAAAGCCUUAUGAAGACACUCACACUCACAAAUGGCAAAUGCCCACCUUCCCUUGUGCUACCAGACCUUCCAUUUUUGGAGCAGAAAUAAGCAAUUCACCAUUAAGUUGUUCAAAAGGAAACAACAACAACAAUAAUAAUAGUUCAAAAGAUUGUGAGAUUGUGGAGUGUAGACCUUCAAAAGUUAGAAAAAAGUUAUUUGAUCUUGAACUUCCACCCGAUGAGAACAUGGAUCAUGAAGAGCAUGAGGGAAUGCAAUGUAAGCAGGUGUCAGAAGAAUCGAGUUUUAGGGGGUCUAAUGGGUUAGCUGAUCUUAAUGAACCGGUUCAUGUUGAUGAACCCAUGGUUCAUGGGUCUAGAUCUGUUGGUGGGUUUGGACCCUCGGCUAAACCACACGUUGGUCAGGGUCAGUUUCUUGACCAGAGACAUGAGUUUAGUGGACGCCCUGGUGGAGUGUUUAAUCCUUUGUUGAUUGAGGGAAAAGGGAAUGGAAGGGAUUGGUUGUCUAAUACCCGUGAAACAGGGAAUAGUAGAGGCAAUAUGAACUUGGCUCCAGCAACAUACUCUGAAAUUUCUACAAGAUUUCAAGAUCAUGCUCGAUUUAACCAAACCCAUUUGCCAUUUCCUACAUCACGCACAUCUACUUCAUACCCACAUCCAAAUUCAUCGAAUUUUGCAACUUCUUGGGAAAAACAGAAUGGUAGUUUGACUCAUAAGUUGACUUCAUUUCAAAAACAGCCAUCUUUUCUCUCAUCAUCAUCUCCACAAAGCCACAUGGCUCUUGGAGACAAGUGGCAGAGUAACGGAUCUUAUACCCCAAAUGGAUUCUAUCGUGGAUCAUCAUCCGGGUCAAAAGACCCAUGUGCCCGUUUUCCUUCUGGUGUUCUUGAUCAUCGAAACUACAAUAAUCUUGAUGAUAAGUCACAAAAGAUCUUCAAUGGUUCAAACUUUAUAGAUUUGGACACCACAAAAGGUAUGGACUUGAAUACAGUUGAAAAUGUGUGUAAUGAUGACAAUAGUAGUUCAAGAAAAUGCAAUCAAACUGUGCUUCCAUGGCUUCAACCCAAACCAGAUAUCUGUAAAAAUGAUUCUCCUUCAGUUAAUAAUGGAAAGAUUCCUCCGGUUUUUGGGAAUUCUUGCGUUUCAGAAAAUGGGAAAAUAAAGAAGGAAAAAAUGGAACAAGAACAACACAGAGGAUUUGACAUUAAUGUAGCUUGGGAUGAUGAUCCUGAAAACAAUGAUAUUGUAAAGGAAAUCAAUACAGAAAAUGAGAAAAUCAAGAAUCAUUUCGAUUUGAAUUCGUGUGUGACAGAGGAUGAAGAAAUUACAGUACCAGAAUCUGUAAAAAGCUUGAAGAAGAUAACAAUGGAGAUUGAUUUAGAAGCUCCAGCUGUUCCAGAGGUCGAGGAAGAAGAAGAAGAAGAAACCAUUGAUGAGGUCAAGAAACUUGAUGAAGAGCUCGCCAAGGUGGCAGCCGAAGCAAUGGUUGCAAUAUUCGGUCAACCAAAGUCAAUGUCUGAUGUGGCGGUUGGUUCUGAAUCUGAUGACGAGGACAAGGACAAGGACCGCCUCCUAUGGUUUGCAGAUGUAAUCGGAAACGUGGGUCCCGUGUCUAACGCGCUCGAUGAAUACGAAGAGUUGACUUUGAAAUUAGAGGAGACUAAAGAACAAGAUUACAUGCCAAAACCUCUGGCUCCUGAUUUCCAGGAGCCAGAUGAAGCGGGCCCGUCAGCGGGCCCGCUUCGACCGCGAAGAGGUCAAGCGAGACGAGGUAGGCCCCGGAGGGAUUUCCAAAGGGAUAUCCUUCCGGGCCUCGUGUCUCUUUCGAGACACGAGGUAACCGAAGAUCUACAGAUCUUCGGAGGGCUAAUGAAAGCUACAGGGUAUUCCUGGAAUGUGGGGCUUACAAGGAGGAACGGAACAAGGGGAAGGAGGAAGGCGGUGGUGGCGGCGGCGGACCCACCACCUGCCGCCACCCCACCACCACCGCCGCCUCCUCCACCGCCAUUCUCAGAGCAGCUUGGAAACUUAGAGGUGGUGGGAUUGGAGGAGAGAAGCUUAACGGGGUGGGGGAAGACGACUAGACGUCCUCGGAGACAACGGUGUGCUGCGGAGGGAGGUAAAAACCAAUUUAGGGAAGCUGAUUUAUGGCUUGUUGAGAGUGAAAUUGUUCUUGGGAUUGUCAUUGUACAUGUUUGUUUGUCAUAUCCCAAAAUCUUGGUUCGGUUUUAA